AUGACUUCGAAUACGAUAUGCUUUCAAGCACUACGCAUCGUCCAAACUGCAUUUGGAGAUGUUCAUGUCCCUGAAGACAAACCCGGAGGCCUUAUACACACAAUUCCCGGCGCAUAUUCGGAGCACAAAAAGCCCAAAGUACGGAUUGUCAUCCAGGAAUACAUUACACCAGUCAGUAACAUGUCGUCCCUAAGUACAGAGGCUUAUUAUGGCACUGUCAACCUACUUCCCUGGAAUCCGAAAUACGAAGACCAGUUCCUGCGUACUGCUGUCAUCUUCGGCUGUCCAACCUCUCUAGGAGCCCCUGGCGAUUGGAAUAAUCAGUGGGAUGUUGACACAGGUCGGGGCGCUUAUGACCACAUCUCGACUUCGGAGAUAUUGGCACAAGAGCAGAAGGCGGUCAAAUGUUCCAUGCAAUGA